CCGAAACCGCUACUAGCUAGGCAGUCUAGCUAAAGUGAAGAAGGACCAGUGAGACAUGGGACAACACGGACAUGGUUUGGAGGGACAUCGCGAUGGACCUCCUUUAACUUUGUGUCUCUGUUUCCACACGUUUGUAUUAAACCGCCCACGACGCUCUCACUCAUAGUGUUAGCCUGUUAGCAUGCAAGGCUAUGUCGGUGUGAUUUGAUAUGACACGUUAGAAACUUCUCAACACUCGCUAUCGCAGGGUUUGCUUGUGUCGAAUUGUUGUUGUUGUUGUCGUCGUCGUCGUCGUCGUUGUUGUUGUUGUUGUCGUUGUUGUUGUUGUCGGCGUCACAACCAACCGUUAUCAAUAGGUGCGAGCGCGUUAUUGUGUUUACGUGGUGGCGCGUUAGUCAACGCUGUAGCUAGCGAUACUUGCCUGGCCUGGAAUGGAGCUAGGCGACCUGCGCGAGAGCCCCGCGGGCUCCGGGGAGUCUGAUGCCGGCGAUUGGAGGGAGGUUAUGCCCGAUGGGGAUAGCGACGAGAAGGUUAAAGCCGCUGAAAGCAAUGGGCCAAGAGUGGACCCGCCACUCGGAGACAUCUGCGGGGAAGGAGAGCGUGAAAAGCAAAGAAGCGUGGGAGAGCAACUGCACAGUCCGUACGAGGAGGAACUGGACCCCCGCAUCCAGGAGGAGUUGGAACACCUCAAUGAAGCCAGUGCAGAAAUCAACAAGCUGGAACUGCAGCUGGAUGAUGCCAGAUCAGGCUACCGGAAGAUACUAACAGAGUCUGCCAGGAAGCUGAAUACUCACAGCUCCCAGCUCGGUAGCUGCAUUGAGAAAGCAAGACCAUAUUAUGAAGCUCGGCGUCUUGCAAAAGAGGCACAGCAGGAGACCCAGAAGGCAGCUCUGAGCUACGAGAGAGCCGUGUCUAUGCACACAGCGGCCAGGGAAAUGGUUUACGUAGCAGAGCAGGGCCUGAUGGCUGACGGCAAGAACACACUGGAUCCCACCUGGCAGGAGAUGCUCAACCAUGCCACCUGCAAGGUGAACGAAGCCGAGGAGGAGCGGCUCCGCAGUGAGAGGGAGCACAUGCGUGUCACACAUGCCUGUCAGGAGGCCGAGGCUCGGGUUCAGACGCUGCAAAAGUCCCUCAAAAGAGUCAUUGUCAAAUCCAAACCUUACUUUGAGCUCAAGGCCCAGUUCAACCACAUACUGGAGGAGCACAAGACCAAAGUGCUGCUGCUGGAGCAGCACGUCGCCAAAGUCAAGACGCGCUACUCCAUCGCACUGAGGAACCUGGAGCAGAUCAGUGAGCAGAUCCACGCUCAGAGGGGGCGGGACCACGUCGACGGAGGGCGCCUCACUGUGUGCGGUGGGCGGAGUCCACCCGUAGGGGCCGAGUCCGACAUGAAGGUCCACGAAGCAGAUGGAGCCUGCGGUGGUGGGAUGGACGCAGCCAUUGACCUGGAGAAAUACAAGGAACGGGAGCGAGCGGGCUCAGAUUCCCUGUCAGUCAUCAGCCUGCAGACCAUCGCCUCCGACUUGGAAAAAUAUGACUCCGUGGAGCACCUCGGGGACCUCAGCGAUGUAGGGAGCGUGACGGGCGAUGAGGGGGAGAGAGAGAGAGGUGUAGUGAUGGAGAGACGAGAGAAGCUGAUGGAGCUGAGCGCCAGAGAGCGGCAGCAGCAGUUCUACAAGCAGCACCACCGGAGCUUCAGCUUGUGAGGUGGACGCACACGUCACUGCUCUAACACACAGUGCAGUCACUUUCUAUCACACUUAACCCUGUAAAUGAGCACACUUGUGUCCACUGACGCUGCCUCGUUAGAACAGUGUUAGAAACUACAGUCAUUACAUCUGACCACGGUAUCUUUAAGGCCUGGUUCACACUGUCUGUCUGUCUGCCUGCCUGUCUGCCUGUCUGUCUGCCUGUCUGUACACGGGCUGCUUGUCUAUGCUUCACGCAUGCUGCAUCUCAUUCGUCUUCCCACUCCACCAAUGAGUUUCGAACUCAUAGAACUAAGAGAGACAGACAGACAGACAGACAGACAGACAGACAGACAGACAGACAGACAGACAGCUGUUAAAAUGGUCUAAAAUAUAAUAGUUUUGUUUUUCAUAUUCAACCUCGACUGUAAAACUACAGUGAUUACAGGUGUUGCUUUGAUGUCAUUAUGCUGGUUCUUCUGAAAAUGAACUGGGCCAAAUGCAUAUCCACUCCCACCAAGGGAUUCUGGGUAAAUGUGUUCCUGGAGCAUGAAGGAACAAAGAAAGAUGAGUCCUGACACUGUGGGAGACAGAAUCUAUUCUCAUGUCCAUCUCAUGACGCUGGUGAGAAGAUCACAGCACACGCUCAACACGCUGCAUUCCAUUUACUAACCUGGAAGUCGGAGUGACGUCACCACAGUCGCUUUGCAAAUGUGUCUCGGCUCAUGUGUCAAGGUGAGGUUUGCUCUGGCAGCCGUGUGUAUGGAGUGACCUAUGACCUCUGAAAUUCCAACUACAAAUGGAAUGCAGCUACAGUCUUCAUACAUGCUCUUCUCCAGCCUCACUCACUCACUCACUCACUCAGUACGUACAAGAACAUGAACGCAUGUUUGAAGCCACAUUUCAUAUAUUUAUUUUUUAGCAGUUUUAUUUCUAGCGUGAGGGAAUGUGUUCGGAAACAGAGACUAAAGUCUGACUCUAAAGACUAAAGUCUGACUCUAAAGACUGAAGUCUGACUCUGAAGACUGAAGUCUGACUCUGAAGACUGAAGUCUGACUCUAAAGACUAAAGUCUGACUCUAAAGACUAAAGUCUGACUCUGAAGACUGAAGUCUGACUCUGAAGACUGAAGUCUGACU